UUCAAAGGAAAUUUUCCCUUUCAUUCAACCCUCACAAAAGAUAGGGGCAUUGUUGAAAAUUUACGAAAUUAGAAGGAUAAACACGUCAUUAGGAAAUGAAGAACCUCCAACGCCACUACAACUGAGAGUCGACAACUGUGUUUACCGAUUAGGGUUUAAGCUGCCUUCAAGCGCUUGUCCAUUCGAAGGUAACCCGGCUUUGUUGGUGCGUUUUGCAGUUUUCCUUUGAGUUUCUCAUAGAAAAUGCAAUCGGCGUGCGGUAAGCUCCGGCAGGCUGCGAAGCAAACGCUCAACCAUCCGAGGUUUGUCGAGCUCAGAAAUUUUGCGUCUUUGUCUUUUGAAUCGAAAUCGAACUCUCUGCGCUCAGGUCCCCGAACAGCAUCUUAUCUGGACAAAAAUUUUGGCCCAAAACCUUAUACACCAUCUUUUAAAAGAUAUGGUCUAGCUUCAAUGUUGCCAUCUUCUGGAGGACAAACUUCGAGUUUAGAUCGCUCAGCUGCUAUAACAUCUGCUUGGCCAACUAGAAAUAUUACAACAUCAACCUCUACUCCUAAUGAUGCUUCUGCUUCUGCUUCUCCUUCUCCUUCUCCUUCUCCUUCUCCUGAUGUACCCAAGCGCAUCAAAUUCAAGAGGCUCGAUAAAACAGCAAGGCAUAUCAUGCAGGCACAAAUUUUAUUUUUUAUAAUUGAUAAAGAAGCCGUUGAGGAAGUGAAAACAAACCGAGAAAUACCUGAUAUAAGGCCUGGUUAUAUUGUCCAGAUGAAAGUGGAAGUACCGGAGAACAAGCGGCGUGUUUCAGUUAUAAAAGGGAUUGUUAUAGCUAGACGUAAUGCUGGUCUAAAUACCACUUUCAGAAUAAGGAGGCUUGUUGCAGGAGUUGGCAUUGAGUCUCUCUUCCCACUGUACUCUCCGAACAUAAAGGAGAUAAAAGUGCUGGAGAAGAAGAAAGUGAGGAGGGCCAAGCUUUACUAUCUCAGGGAAAAAAUGAACGCACUCAAGAAGUAAUAAACUUCCCCAUUGAGCAAAUGGACUGAAAGGAUGGAAAGUCUUCAGUAUCAUCAUUUCAGGCUGCAAACAAGUACUUUAGAUCCGCUGCCUUUUUUGGUGCUCAACGUUUUUGGAGGAAUGAGUGCAGUACAAUAGUUAAAGCUUUCAAUUUUAGCCCGAAAAUGCUAUAUUUUCCGGAAUAAUAGAGAUUUACAGAUCGACUUGUAUUGUUAAGUGCCAAACUCAUCACUUAUGUGGUUGUGAUUUGUUAACAGACUAUGGAGGAUGUGUUGCAUAAACUCUUUGGCAUUUGUUGGUAUUUUUUGAAUUGCUUUUUGCUGGGUAAUGUGUGAAACAAAAGACUCCAAAAAGUAGAAACAUAUUAGUGUAUCUGAAUCUGUUGCUGCCAAUGAUAUAAGGAAGAAAAAAC